AUGCUGCAACUCAGGCAGUACCUAGACGACGAAGCUUUGAAGGCAAUAGAAGGUUUUCCAGCUAGUUCCAUUGAUUAUGAAGCUGCUAUGAAGAGAUUAGAUGAAAAGUAUGGCGGACUACUUCGACAUUUACAUGCAGUACAACAAAGGAAACCUGUUAAUUUUAAUGAUAUAAGCGGAACAAAGGCGGAACUUUUAGCAAGGGCGACCGGUUUGAGAGAUUUGAACGUUCGACCGUUGAGCGAGUUACAAGUCGAAGACUUGGAAAAUCAACAAGCCCGUGCCAUUGAAAAAUUCCGCACACCACUGGGAGAAAAAAUACCAGAACCGGAGAGUCUACAUGCGAAUUGGAUGAGCAACACAUCAAAGAUCCCACCAUUUAGACAGGAGGAUAUAUUUCAAUAUUUGGUGUCUAAUAAAAUGAGAACAUUUGACAGCAAGUGUAUGAAUGCCAAACGUCAGUUAAAAGUCAAGGUGUUUUUCGAGGAUAAACAUGUCCACAGUGUUAAAUACAACGACAUAAACGAACAAUGUUCACAUUGUUAUGUGAAAUGUAAAGUUGUUCCAUCCUUACUGGUAACCACGUUUCAGUUCACCACAGAAAAAACAGGAUGGAAGCUAAAUGUAAAAGAUUAUUCGUGUUUAUGUUAUCACCUGAUGUAUACAGAUAUCUGUGCUGGACUCUAUUAUAUUUGUAAAUAG